AUGAAGAGAGAUCACCGAGAUACCUGCACGGAUCAAAAUGGUUCCAAGGGCGAAUACUCGUCGUCCUCAUCCUCAGUGCUGAAUGGCAAGGCCAAAAUUUGGGAACAAGACCAAGAUGGCUGCGGCGGCAGUGGCGGCGGUGGCGGCGGCGGCAUGGAUGAGUUGCUUGCCGUUUUGGGUUACAAGGUUCGGGCCUCAGACAUGGCCGAGGUGGCGGAGAAGCUCGAGCAGCUGGAGAUGGUCAUGGGCUCUGCUCAGGAAGAUGGGAUUUCUCAGCUUUCUGAUACAGUCCACUACAACCCAUCUGAUCUCUCUGGCUGGGUUCAGAGCAUGCUCUCUGAGUUCAACACGGUUGACGGGUCAGCAAUCGACGACCCACUUUUUGUUGCAGCUGGUUCUUCCUCAAUCACCUCCAUACAUUUCUCCAAUUCUCACCAGAUUGAAAACCCAGCAUCUCGGGUUUUCCACGACGAUUCGGAAUACGAUCUCAGAGCAAUUCCUGGCGUUGCGGCUUACCCACAAACCCAUUUGGACUCGGAGGCUGAGAGCAGGAGAAAGCGAUUGAAAACCGCAAUUGGGUCCAAUUCAAUCGGGUCGAAUUCCGGGGUUGGAGCCGACUCGGGUUCUGUAUCGGACCCAGCUCGGCCUCUGGUCCUGGUUGACUCACAAGAAACAGGCGUUAGACUCGUCCAUACACUCGUGGCUUGUGCUGAGGCUGUUCAGCAAGAGAACCUGAAGCUCGCAGACGCGCUUGUGAAGCACGUGGGUCUACUCGCGGCCUCCCAAGCCGGCGCUAUGAGAAAAGUCGCCACUUACUUUGCCGAAGCUCUGGCUCGUCGAAUUUACCGAAUUUACCCUCAGGACAGUCUGGAUUCUUCAUAUUCAGAUAUUCUCCAGAUGCACUUUUACGAGACCUGCCCCUAUCUCAAGUUUGCUCACUUCACCGCAAACCAGGCCAUUCUCGAAGCCUUUGCCACGGCAAGUAGAGUCCACGUCAUUGAUUUUGGGCUUAAGCAGGGGAUGCAAUGGCCAGCGCUCAUGCAGGCCCUAGCAUUGAGGCCCGGCGGGCCGCCCGCGUUUCGGCUUACAGGAAUUGGCCCGCCGCAGCCCGACAACACGGACGCCUUGCAGCAGGUGGGAUGGAAGCUGGCCCAAUUGGCCGAAACUAUUGGCGUAGAGUUUGAAUUUCGGGGAUUCGUCGCCAAUAGUUUGGCGGAUCUCGAACCCUCGAUGCUCGAGAUCCGCCCUCCAGAUGUCGAGACAGUGGCCGUGAACUCGUGUUUUGAGCUCCACCCUCUCCUGGCUCGACCCGGGGCGGUUGAAAAGGUCUUGUCAUCAAUCAAGGCCAUGAAGCCUAAGAUUGUGACAAUUGUGGAGCAGGAGGCAAACCAUAAUGGACCGAUUUUCCUGGACCGGUUCAACGAGGCCUUGCAUUAUUACUCCAACUUGUUUGACUCGCUGGAGGGAUCGUCCGGUCCGAGUCAGGAUUUGGUCAUGUCCGAGGUGUACUUGGGUCGACAGAUAUGCAACGUGGUAGCAUGUGAAGGUCAGGACCGAGUCGAGCGACACGAGACUCUGACUCAGUGGCGAGGCCGGAUGGACUCGGCCGGGUUCGACCUGGUUCACCUCGGGUCGAACGCGUUCAAGCAGGCCAGUAUGUUGCUGGCUCUUUUCGCCGGCGGAGAUGGGUACAGGGUGGAGGAGAACAAUGGGUCUCUCAUGCUUGGGUGGCACACACGACCCCUCAUAGCCACCUCAGCAUGGCAGCUGGCGAGUUCUACUGAGUCAACCCGGUGA